AUGCUGCAUCGGUAUCUUCUUUUGCCGCUGUUGGCUUCCUGCAGUGCGGCCGUUACUAUUUCAGUCGCGAAGUCGGGAGGAAAUGCCACCACCAACCUGCAAUAUGGAGCCAUGGAAGAGGAAAUCAACCAUUGCGGCGAGGGUGGUCUGUACGCAGAGCUGAUCCGCAAUAGGGCAUUCCAGGGAAGCACAAAGUAUCCGUCAUCCCUGGAUGCCUGGACUGCCGUGGGUGGAUCAUCUCUAUCACUGCAGAAUCUCACUGAUCCACUUUCCUCCGCUCUCCCCACCUCAGUGAGAGUUAAGGGCAGUGGGACUGCUGGACUCACCAAUGCCGGAUUCUGGGGAAUCGAUGUGCGACCGCAGAAGUACACUGGGUCUUUCUAUGCCAAAGGCGAUUACUCGGGCUCCUUCACGGCGGCUCUCACCUCAUCCAAUGGAAAGACAUUGGCUAGCACCAAGGUGAAAUCGAAGAGUGUAUCUGGUAAAUGGGUGCAGCAUGAGUUCACCCUGACUGCAAAGUCCACGGCCUCUAAUACCAACAACACCUUUUCGCUGUCAUUCGAUGCUUCGAAAGCGAAAAAUGGCUAUCUUGACUUCAACCUGAUCAGUCUGUUCCCCCCGACUUGGAAUGAUCGUCCUAAUGGCAUGCGACGAGACCUGAUGCAGGCUUUGAAGGACCUCAACCCUAAAUUUCUGCGUUUCCCUGGCGGAAACAAUCUAGAGGGAGACACAAUUGAAGGCAGAUGGAAGUGGAACGAGACCAUCGGACCUCUUAAGGAUCGUCCUGGCCGCGCUACAACCUGGAGCUAUGAGGAGACUGGUGGUUUCGGUCUGAUCGAGUAUAUGGAGUGGUGUGACGAUCUUGGCAUGGAGCCCAUCCUCGCUGUAUGGGCUGGAUUGGCCCUCAAUGGCGACGUUGUCCCAGAGGCUGAGCUGGAUGUCUACGUCCAGGAUGCCCUUGAUGAGCUGGAGUUCCUGACUGGCUCUGUUGAUACCGAACUCGGUGCGCUUCGUGCGAAGUACGGACACCCUGAGCCGUGGAAGAUCCGAUACGUCGAGGUUGGAAAUGAAGACAACCUCAACAAUGGAUUGGAGUCGUACAAGUCAUACCGCUUUGCUGCAUUCUACGAUGCUAUUACCGAGAAGUACCCCGAUAUUCAGGUUCUGGCCUCAACUAUCGACAUGACUCUCGAGGGCAAGGCCGGUGGUGACUACCAUCUGUACGACAUCCCAGACAAUUUCAUCACCAAGUUCGACAUGUUCGACAGCUACAGCCCCGACCACCCUAUUCUGCUCGGCGAAAUUGCUGCCACCGAAUUUAACAACGGCGAAGGCAUUGACUGGAGUGACACCAACUUCUCUCUGUACCCAUGGUGGAUUGCGUCGGUUGCUGAGGCUGUCUUCCUUUUGGGCGCUGAGCGGAACGCAGACAAGAUCAUCGGAACUACCUAUGCGCCGUUCUUGAUGAACCUGGACAGCUACCAGUGGUCCCCAACUAUGAUCUCCUUCAACGCCAACCCAGAUGACACUGCCAAAUCCACCAGCUUCCACGUCUACAGCCUUUUCAAUGAAAACCAUAUGACCAACACCCUUCCGGCAACUUCCGAGGAUGCCUUUGGCCCGCUGUAUUAUGCAACCGGCCUGAACAGCGAGACCAACUCCCGCAUCUUCAAGGCGGCUGUGUACAACAGCACCGAAGAUGUGCCUGUGUCGUUGACCUUUUCGGGUGUGGGCCGGGGCACCAAAGCUGACUUGACCAUUCUCACCGCACCUGAUGCCUUGUCAAUGAACGAGGUGGGUGGACAAAACAUUGUGAAGACUCAGACUACGACAAUCAAGGCUGGCAAGAAGGGAGAGUUCAGCUUCAAGCUGCCCAACCUUAGCGUGGCUGUCCUCACAACGAAUUAG